GUAGUAAAGUCAUGGAGGCUGAUAUGGCACUCAAUAUGCUUGGAGAGAUGGAAAAAGAGGGAUGUCAUGUUGACAUUUUUCAUGCUGAUAAUGACUCUUCAACAUCUGGGAUGCUUAAAUCAGAAUUUCCCAACACAAUUAAAAUGGAUGACCAAAAUCAUGUGAAAAAGGGUUUUACAAAACAACUUUAUGAACUUGGAAAAAGAUACAAAGAAUUAAAACAAGCAGAGGUUAUUCCUUAUAUUCAGCGUUGUUUUGCCUAUGCCAUCCAAAGUAAUGCUGGAAAUUCAACCAAAGUCGAAGAAGACCUUGAUCGAAUUGUUCCCCAUAUAUUUGGAGAUCAUAACAAGUGCAGUGCUGCACAGUGGUGUACUUAUAAUGAAAACCCCUCAUCUUUUAGAUACAAAAGUCUUCCGGGUGGCAGACCUCUCCAAAAUGAGGAUCUGAAACAAGAAUUAGAGGAUCUUGUUUCAAAAUAUAGAUACAGGACAGAAAACCUUUCCAAACUGGGGUCAACACAAGCUAAUGAAAGCUUCAAUAAUCUUGUUGCAACAAAAGCCCCAAAGUCAAGAAACUAUGGAGGUUCUUAUUCAUUAGAGCAGAGACUAUCUGCAGCUCUGUUACAGAAGAAUGAAGGUUACAGUUAUUUAAGAAAGGUGAAUGAGGCUGCAUCACUGUCUCCAGGGCAUCACACCAUAAAACUUUGUGACAGGAUUGACAAGUUGAGGCGAGAACGGAAAGACAAGGUGUCUACUAUCAAGUAUAAAAGGCGCCGUCUUCAGUUAAAGAAGAUAAAAAACAAAAAAAGAAAAGGUUUCAACUAUUAA